UACUGCCAUAUAAAUAGUCCCUUUGCUGCACAAUGUGCUUAUCAACAGCGUUACUGUUUCGCUUAUUUUCUUGUGUUUUUUUAUGGGAGGAAUGUCAAAAUCAAUCAUGAGUGGUUUUGGAGAGAAAAAACAGUUCAAGAAACCUGCGCAGGCUAGCUCUAGGAAAGGGUGCAUGAGAGGCAAAGGAGGACCAGAGAACGCUCUCUGCACUUACAAGGGUGUACGCCAGAGAACUUGGGGCAAAUGGGUGGCCGAAAUUCGGGAGCCCAACUGUGGUGCUCGUCUCUGGCUUGGCACCUAUGACACCUCCCAUGAAGCUGCCAUGGCUUACGAUGCUGCUGCUCGUAAACUAUAUGGCCCUGAGGCAAAGCUCAACUUACCUGAGUUACAAGUUAAUAGAAGCCAGUUUCCAGCCUCUCCUGCCAAUUCUCAGGUGAUCCAAAUGACAAACCAACCCUCUCUUCUCAUUCAAAAUUCUAUUCCUACAUGCGUUGAUUCGAAUGGAAUGGAGGUAGAAAAUGACGCAAAUUUUGGGCGAAGUGGAGACGUAAUCAAAGAAUUUUCGGCGAAUCUCAACGUGAACAUGACUUUCAAUGAUUCAAUUUGGGCAGAGGCGGCAUUGUCGAUAAAUUUUCCAGUGAUGGACGAUCCCGGAAUUUUUGCUAGCAAUCUCAUGGAAGGAUCUGGUUGGGACACAUUGCAGGCUCCGUGGUGCAUGUAA